UUCAGUUUGUUUUUAUCUUCGUGAGAUUAUAUGUGCAAUAUAUGCAUUUGAAAAGUGCAUCUAGAUUCAGCAUUAUAAGUUGAUUUUAAGGAAAGUAAAUUUUGAUUAAAUUUCUAUUUUCAUAUCAGUGAAUUCAAAUGUUAUCGCAAACAAUGAAUUUGUAGAAAGUAAGGAUAUCUCAGAACAAUUUAUUAGAAACGAGUCAUACCUAUAGGAUUCGAGGAAUCGAGCAACAUACUUGCAAUGAUGGAUCCAAACGAAAUGGCUUUAUCAAAAAUGUAUGUGGACCCCAACAACAACAUCAGCAAUCCCUUCGACACAAAUCGUUUGAUGAUAAAAGGCUUCUACAAAAAUGCCUGCGUACUGGUUACAGGAGGAACGGGAUUUCUCGGAAAAGUUUUGAUCGAAAAGCUUUUGCGCACAUGCGAGGACAUACAGUGUGUGUACGUAUUGGUUCGAUCGAAGCGCGGUUUGAGCAGCGAAAAACGAUACGCUGACCUAAUAAAAAAUCCAAUCUUCGAUCGGAUACGAUCAAGCAAUCCAAAUCAGUUGAAUAAACUGGUGUGUGUGGCUGGCGAUAUAGCGCAACCUUUGAUUGGUCUAACAGAUGCGGACGUAACAAAACUAACCGGAACUGUGAAUAUUGUUUUCCAUUCAGCAGCAACGGUGCGGUUUGAUCAGAAAUUGAAGGAUGCUGCUAACAUGAACACACUGGGCAGUAAACGUUUGUGGGACUUGUGCGAGAGAAUGACCCAAUUAAAAAGCAUUAUCCAUGUAUCGACCGCAUACACUAAUCCCUGCAAAGAACACGUCGAAGAAACGGUAUAUCCCCCAAAAGUACCUUUCGACACCGAUUCGUUCAUAAAAUGUGUGAAUGUUUUGCCGAGUGAGGUUGUCAAUUCAAUCGCAGUCAGCCUACAGGGUUCCCAUCCCAACACCUACACUCUGACUAAAUCAAUUGCCGAACAAAUUGCCGCUGAUUACCAUCAUCGCCUGCCAAUUUGUAUCGUUCGACCGUCUAUUGUAACAGCCGCUUUGCAUGAACCGUUUCCUGGCUGGGUGGAUAAUAUCAAUGGUAUCACCGGUAUAAUGAUGGAAAUUUCGCGUGGAACAAUAACGAGUAUUAUGUGCAACAAAAACCUGGUAAUGGAUCUGAUUCCAGUUGAUAUCGUUUGCAAUACCAUGAUCGCAGCGGCAUGGAUGAAUUACUUUAAACCAUCGAACUCCAUUCGUGUGUACAAUUGUACAUCGGGCGAAUUAAAUCCGGUGAUAUGGCAGGACUAUGGCUUAGCGACACUGAAAUAUGCCCGAAAGAAUCCAACAAAGUAUGUGAUGCUCUAUCCGAACUUUUCUUAUCGCACCAACCGUAUCGUCCACACAUUCUUCGAAUGGUUUUAUCAUUUUCUGCCGGCGCUUCUGUUUGAUGUCUUACUGCGGCUAAAGGGCACAAAGCCAUUUCUACUGAAAAUUGCUAAGAGAUAUAAAGCUGCCGCUGACACGGGUGAAUUUUUUGCCAUGCAUGAAUGGAAAUUCGAAACGACAAAUAUGCGAGAACUGAUAUCUGAAAUAGACGGUGCAACGGAUGGCCGUGACUUCAAUUGUGACAUACGUGUCAUGAACUGGGAUUCAUACAUCGAAAAUUACAUGUUUGGCAUCAGAAAAUAUGUGCUGAAAGAUGGACUGGAGAGUAUGGUAGCCGCACGGAAGGCAUUGAAAAGAUUGUACGUCGCUAAAUGGUUAAUGCAUCUCGGUUUCAUUGGUAUUGUUCUAUGGUUAUAUUGGGGACUGUUCUCAUAACCUUUGGAUCGUUGGGCCGAUUUUGAAGAAAAAUUAUUUGAAGAAAUUAUAUCUACUGCUACCCCCUGUUUACUAUAAGAACAAAACGUUAAUUGCACAAUAAAUACGGAACUGAAACUGA